AUGCUCCUGGCUGUGGUCCUUGCCUCUGCCCUGCUCCUCUGCUCCGCGGCCAGCCAGAGGUGUUUGACCUUGACAGGGAUCAAGGAUGUCGAGUACCUCAUCAACAACCUGCAGAAACAUCCACCUUCAAACUGCAACUGCAGCACCAAUGUGACUGAUUGUUUGUGUCUGCCCAUUCCUUCUGACAACUGCACCACAGCAUGCUUACAAGAGGGUCUGUCGCAGAUGGCCAACACCACAGUGAAAACAAGUUUCCCGCUGAUUUUCAAUCGGGUGAAGAAAACAGUUGAAGCCUUCCAGAACAACAAGUGUGGAUCUUUCUCCUGUGAAAAGCCAUGCAACCAAACCACAGCAGGCAAUAUGAUGACAUUUCUGAAGACUCUCCUGGAAAGUUUCCAGAAAGAAAGGAUGAGAGGCAGAGUGUGA